AAGUGCCCACCCCUUGAGGAUAUAACCACCGCUGCCCAACAUGCGGCUGCGGGCAGAGAACCGUCCGCGCGGCGGGCCGGCGCCGCCGCUGCUGCUGCUGCUGCUGUCGCUGCUGCUGGGAGUCGCAGCCUCUCAAGAGGUCAGAUGCGGUCACCCUGCGGUGCCCCUGAACGCGCGGGUGUCUCUGUCCAGCGAGGCUCUGGCGCCGGGCGCUGUGGCCACCUACACCUGCGACCCUGGAUACGAGCUGUUUGGGACCGCCACCUCCAGCUGCUCGCCGGCCGGCCGAUGGCAGGGGGAGCUGCCGUUCUGCGGUACGAACGUGGCGCUGCGGAAGCCGGCCAACCAGUCGACGACGGUGCGGGGCGGCGCGGCGGGCAACGCCAACGACGGCGACCUCAGCACGGUGCACGACGGACGCCUGUGCACCGAGACCCAGCGCGAGCCGUCGCCCUGGUGGCGCGUCGACCUGCUGCGACCGUACGCCGUGCGCACCGUGCGCAUCACCACCCGGGGCUGCUGCGGUCACCAGCCGCUUCAGGACCUGGAGAUCCGAGUCGGCAACAGCAGUCAUGACCUCCAGAGGAACCCGCUCUGCGCCUGGUUCCCAGGAACCAUGGAGGAGGGAGUGACCAAGAUGUUCAGCUGCGCCCGUGCCCUGGUCGGCCAGUACGUGUUCCUCCAGCUGGUGGGCGUGGAGGGCUCGCUCUCGCUGUGCGAAGUGCAGGUGUUUACAUCGGACGAGUUCUCCGACGACCGGUGCGCGCCGGCGGGCGGGGCGGCCGACACGGAGCUGGCCGCCUUCGACCGCGCCUGCUUCGAGCUGGCCGUCAAGUCGGGCGGGUCGUUCGAGGCGGCGCGCGCGUCGUGCCGCGCGCACGGCGGCGACCUGGUGCACGGGCUGUCGGGCGCGCGCAACCUCUUCCUGCUGGCCGAGCUGGAGCGGCGCAAGCAGAGCCUCAAGACGCAGCUCGUCUGGAUCGGCGCGCAGAAGGAGCCCGGCGUCGUGUCGCGCACCUGGCGCUGGGUCGACGGCGAGGUGGUGCAGCGCCCCGCCUGGGGCAAGGACCAGCCCAACAACUACAACGGCGAGCAGAACUGCGUCGUCCUGGACGGUGGCCGCGGCUGGCUGUGGAACGACGUGGGCUGCAACCUCGACUACCUGCACUGGGUGUGCAUGCACGAGAUCCGCUGCCCCGAGCCCGUGCUGGCCAACCACCGCAUCCUCACGGUGACCAACAACGACCGCCAGUACGGGCGCACGCUGAUCCGCACGGCCGAGCACGCCGCCUCGUCCUCCAGCACCACGUACAAGAUCGGCGCGCUGGCCAAGUACCAGUGCGAGCGCGGCUACAAGGUGGUGGGCGAGACGCUGUCCACCUGCGAGGAGAACGGCCAGUGGAGCGGGGAGGUCCCGCAGUGCAUCUUCGUGGACUGCGGCAUGCCCAAGCCCACGGCCCACGGCCGCUUCACGCUGGCCUCCAACAUGACGUACUACGGCGCGGCCGCCAUCUACGAGUGCGACGAGAACUACGAGCUGGACGGCCACGCGCGCCGCCUGUGCAUGGAGAACGGCACCUGGAGCUCCGACAUGCCCGUGUGCAGAGAAAUACUCUGCCCCGAGCUGGAGAACGAGAACGGCAUCACGGUGCAGGUGUCGACCCGCAGCAUCGGCGGCGUGGCCCACUACCAGUGCGCGCGCGGCCAGUACAUGGAGGGCAACUCUACGAGGAUCUGCCUCAAGCGGGGACGCUGGAGCAGCAAAAUACCGAAAUGCACAUGGGUGGACUGCAAGCAUCCAGGGCCGAUUGAGAACGGACGUGUGAUUGUCAUGAAUGAGACAACAACGUACAACAGUGCUGUGGAGUAUCACUGCGUUCCUCACUUUGAAAGAGUUGGUCCUUACUUACGGAAGUGCAUGGAGGAUGGGCAAUGGUCCGGUGAAGAACCAACUUGCCAAUUGAGUACAGGGGAGGCAAGUGAAGCACAGAAUUUGGGUCUACCCAUUGGUAUUGGGGCUGGAGUUCUACUGUUCCUGUUACUUGUGUUAGGCCUCAUCUACCUUCGUCUACGUAAGGAAAGACCUAUUAAAAAUACUGAAAAUGUUCAGGCUGCGUUAAGAAAAGAAGAUCAAAAUGCUGCCGUUAUGUCGUUCUCUACCCUUAAUGAUGGCACAAAUGGUGGCGUGACCCACCUCUCAUCAAAUAUCUAUGAAAAUAUUCAUGACCACAGCGACAACAUGUAUGAUGCUCCUUAUGAGGAAACUGAAAGGAGAAAUGGAAACCAUCAUUAUGAAGCUUCCCCUGUUAGUAGGCCUGGUAAUGGGGCAACAGUAACUAUCAAUGGAGUAGCUGUUCGCUGAGACUCUUCCGUAAUAUGGUUUUUAAUUAAGCAAUUAUUAUUUUUUAAAUCAAAGUUAUUGCUUGGAAUGGAGAAAAAGAAUCAAAGAAAGACUGCUUGUAAACUAUAUUAAGAUAUGAAGGUGUUUUCUUGUGUGUAUUUAUCAGUGGAAAAUACCAAGACUCAGUUCUUAUCAUUGCGUUCUUGAACUCCCACCGAAGCAAAUUCUUGUCAGGUCCUUCAGAGCCUUUUCUAGUGCCAAGUGGAUAACAAAACCACACCAAUUUUAAUCUUUAAAAAUGGUCAAAACUGCCAUCAGGUUUUAGGAGGCAAAAUCUAAAGAGGCCCGGUGAAAUCUUUAUUUUGAAGUGAAGGUAAAUUGUCACUUGUUCUCACAGACUGAAUUAUCUUUCUUUUAUGUUCCUCCUUAAAUAUUAGCUCUCACAACCCAGAAAGUGCUGAAUGUGGUCAUAUUUUUGCCUAAUAUACCUAACAAUCUAGAAAAUAUAUGAAACUAGGGACUCACCUCAUUCAAGUCAUUUCCAUUCUGUGGUUGAUGUUUGUUAAUAUGUUAAAAUUGAAACUAACCAUUGUUAUGUGUUGCAUUUAUUCCCAUUUUUCUGUUUCUUAAUACAAUUUAUAAGAAAUAAUAAUGAUGGCUUCAUUGCCA